AUCUCCCUUAUCUGUUUUUAAUCCGGGCCAUCAUGAACCACGAGAGGGAAAAUUUACGAACACAAAUUUGACUGUAAAGAUAAAUAAGUUGCCACGGUAGCGAAGUUUGCCCGCAAUGGCCUCUGGUGGUUAUGGGCGUGGUGGAAGAGGUGCAGCGUUGUUGCAGGCUCUUUCCCAGCAAGCUCGAAAACCUGGUUCUGGACAGCAAGAUGAGAAAGAUAAACCAAAAACAGCAGCUUUAUCUACUACUGGACCUUUUACUUCUGUGCCCACUUCAACACCGAGUCCUGUACCUACUGUCUCAUUUGGACGAGGGGCUUACUUGUCAGGUUUACUAAAGACUGUACCAACAACACCAACAGCAGCAACUGUACCUGCUACAAUGACUGCAUCAGUCGGUCCUAGUCAGAUGCCACAGCAAGCUUCUGUAGGAGUUGCUCAACCUAUGAUGUCACUGGGUCGAGGUUUGGCAGCAAUGCAGGCACUGCUUGAAAGUAAACACAAAGGUCGAGGAUUGCCAUCCAUGCAGUCAAGCCCACCAGCUGCCAGUGUGCCAGUUACGAUCCAGGCGACACAGGUUUCCCAUCCUUCAGAUCCUGUGAAGACAUCUGCUGGCCCACCUACAAGACAGUUCCAAUCUUUGGCUCUGUAUGAACGGAAACCAACGAUUAGCAAUAGCGGCAAAGAUGGAAAACCUAUGUCUUUAACAGCAAAUUAUAUCAGAGUGAUUUGUAAGAACAAAGGAGUGUACCAGUAUCAUGUUUCAUACAACCCGCCAGUAGACAGUCGAAGAAUGAAAUCGGCAAUGCUUUAUGAUCACAAAGACAUCAUUGGUACGGCAAAGGCAUUCGAUGGAUCUAUUUUAUACUUGCCAAUUCAACUACCAAAUGAGGAAACUGUUCUCACAAGUGAAAGAAGAACUGAUGGAGCUCAGAUCUUAAUUACAGUGAAGUUGGUAAAGUCUCUGCCACCACAGCAAUGUCCCCACCUUUACAAUAUUCUCUUUAGAAGGAUUAUGGGCAUACUUGAUAUGUGUCAGGUGGGACGGUAUUAUUACAAUCCACACACUCCAUCGUCAGUUCCACAGCACAAACUGGAAGUGUGGCCUGGCUACAUUACUUCUAUUACAGAACAAGAAGGGGGACUUAUGCUCCUGUUGGAUGCAUCCCACAGGGUUCUUCGAACAGAGACUGUUCUCGAUGUCAUGCAUCAGGUUGUGGAACGUAAUAUCAAAGGAUUCCAAGAUGAGAUCUCCAAAAAGGUGAUUGGCUGCAUCGUCCUGACCCGGUACAACAACAAAACAUACCGUGUGGAUGAUAUCAAAUGGGACAUGAACCCAACUCACAAAUUUAGCACUGGGUCUUCAGAGGAAGUGUCCUUUAUUGACUAUUACAAGAAAAGUUACAACAUAACUGUACGGGACAAGGAUCAACCCCUCCUGUUUCACAAACCCAAGAGAAAAGGACUUCCUGGAGAUAAAGAAUCUCGUGAAGCGGAAUACAUCUGUCUUGUUCCCGAGCUAUGCUUCAUGACAGGAUUGUCUGAUGACAUGAGGUCCGACUUCCGGCUCAUGAAGGACAUUGCUACACAUACCAGAGUCACACCUAUGCAGAGAAAACUGGCGAUGCAGAAAUUUGUUAAUUCUGUGAAUUCCAAUGAGCAAGCAUACCAACAGUUGGCUGAUUGGGGCUUGGAAUUGGACAACAACACAAUCCCAAUUGAUGGUCGGCUGCUUCCAAUGGAAAAGAUUAAAGUUGGUGGUAAAGAAUUCAUGGCAGGGUCUGAAGCUGAUUAUGGUCGAGAGGUUACCAGGUCAAAAGUCAUAUUGCCUGUAGCUCUAAGAAAUUGGAUUGUGUUCAACACGCCACGAGACAAGUCAAAGGCCAAUGAUUACAUACAAAUGAUGCUCAAGACUUGCCCUCAGAUGGGCAUUGACUGUCAGAGUCCACAAAUCUGUGAGUUGAGAGAUGAUAGGACAGAAACCUUUAUCAGAGCAUUGAGAGAGAAAAUAAACCCACAGGUUCAAAUAGUAGUAGUAAUUUGCCCAACCAGUCGAGAUGACCGCUAUGCAGCCAUUAAAAAGCUAUGCUGUGUAGAGUGUCCUGUUCCUUCCCAGGUUAUCAUUGCAAAGACAAUAAGUCAGUCACAGAAACUGCGCAGUGUUACACAGAAGAUUGCCCUGCAAAUCAACUGUAAGCUGGGUGGUGAGCUGUGGGCUUUGGACAUACCUUUGAAUAAUUUGAUGGUGAUUGGAAUAGACGUUUACCAUGAUGCGACUAAAGGAAAGCGAUCUAUUGCUGGGUUUGUUGCAAGCACUAACAAGGCAUGUACGCGCUGGUAUUCAAAAUGCUGCUUCCAACUGCCACAUCAAGAGCUAGUUGACGGACUGAAAACAUGUCUGAUAUCAUCACUGCGAAAGUUUCACGAAGUGAACCACAAACUGCCUGACAAGAUAAUAGUGUAUCGUGACGGUGUCGGGGACGGUCAGCUCAAUACUGUGUCUGGCUAUGAAGUAAAGCAGCUGGAGAGUUGCUUCUCACACUUCGGUGAAUACAUGCCACAGUUAUCGGUUGUCGUUGUACAAAAGAGAAUCAACACAAGACUCUUCAGUGAGACCGGCAGAGACUUACUUAACCCACCUCCUGGUACAGUUGUUGACCAUACUGUUACCAGACGGGAUUGGUAUGAUUUUUUCCUUGUGUCCCAACAUGUGCGACAGGGUACUGUGUCACCGACUCACUAUGUGAUUGUCCACGACGGCGUUGGCUUACCACCAGACAAAAUGCAGCGCCUUGCCUACAAGAUGACUCACCUGUAUUACAACUGGCCUGGUACAGUGCGUGUUCCAGCCCCUUGCCAGUAUGCUCACAAGCUGGCCUAUCUUGUUGGUCAGAACAUCCACAAAGAACCAAGUGACUGCCUGUCAGAUCGACUUUUCUUCUUGUGAAGAAUGCAAACCAUCACUGUUAUCUCAGGGUUCAUCUAGACUUUAACAAGUACAUUGUAAUUAGUAGAAUCUAAAAACUGACAAUACUACUGCCAAAACUGGUGCUGAACACAUUUCAUCUACUGCUGAAAACAUUUCGUGGAAGCAUCAUUAUUUUGUAAUGUGGUUUGGUUUAUUCUGUUGGACGUAUAUGACUAACCUCAUCACAGUGAUAUAUCUAGUAAUAAAAUAAAUGGAUUAUUAAUAAAGAUUGGAAUUAUGGCAUUCCAGGUUGUAUUCUG